AUGGCAAAAGAGUACCCCGACUCCCCCAAAAUUCACCAACCCUCGGAAUCGAAGAAGCAGAGCUUAACCCACAUCCUCGGCACCAGCGCCCUCUGCAUCCUCUUCUACAUCCUCGGCGCGUACCAAAACGCCGGUGUCCCAAACCUUAACCCUAAUCCUAACCCUAACCUCUCCAAGCUCGGCUGCAGCGACGCUGCCUCCUCCCUCCCCCCGUCCACCUCCACCGCGCCCUCAUGGGGCGGCGCCGCGCUCGACUUCGAGGGGCACCACCGCGCGAGCGCCGCCGACGCCUCCUCCGCCGCCGGCGCGGCGGCGGCGGGGGCCGCGGCGGAGGCGUUCCCGCCGUGCGCGCUCAACUUCAGCGAGUACACGCCGUGCCAGGACGCGCCGCGGGGGCGGCGCUUCGAGCGCGCCAUGCUCGUGUACCGCGAGCGCCAUUGCCCCGCCGCGGACGAGCUCGUGCGGUGCCUCGUCCCGGCGCCGUCCGGGUACAAGGCGCCGUUCAAGUGGCCGAUGAGCAGGGACUACGCUUGGUACGGUAACAUCCCCCACAAGGAGCUCAGCAUAGAGAAGGCCGUUCAGAAUUGGAUCCGGGUUGAGGGCGAUCGGUUUCGCUUCCCCGGCGGCGGGACGAUGUUCCCCCGCGGCGCCAAUGCCUACAUUGACGAUAUCAAUGCGCUCGUGCCGUUGACGGAUGGGAGUAUUCGAACUGCGCUCGAUACGGGUUGCGGUGUUGCGAGUUGGGGUGCCUAUCUUCUGAACAGGGACAUUGUAACAAUGUCUUUCGCGCCAAGGGACACGCAUGAGGCACAAGUACAGUUUGCUUUGGAGCGUGGAGUUCCCGCCAUGCUUGGAGUGAUGGCGACACAAAGGAUCCCGUAUCCAGCAAGGGCCUUCGAUAUGGCUCAUUGCUCGCGCUGUCUAAUCCCUUGGUAUGCUUAUGAUGGUCUUUAUCUGACGGAAGUUGAUAGAGUUUUACGACCGGGAGGCUACUGGAUCCUCUCAGGCCCUCCAAUCAACUGGAAGAAGUAUUACAUUGGUUGGGAGAGAACAAAAGAAGAUCUCAAGGAAGAGCAAGAUAAGAUUGAAGAUGUUGCAAAGCGUUUAUGCUGGAAGAAAGUGAUUGAGAAGGAGGAUCUUGCAAUUUGGCAAAAGCCAUUCAACCACAUGGAGUGCAUUACGAGCAGAAACAUCUACAAGACCCCACACAUUUGCAAGAAUGAAAAUGCUGAUGCUGCCUGGUACAAGAAAAUGGAGGCCUGCAUAACCCCAUUACCCGAAGUGAACAAUGAGGAAGAAGUUGCUGGCGGAGAAUUAGCAAAAUGGCCUGAUAGGGCAUUUUCUGUCCCACCAAGAAUAAGGCGCAAUUCAAUCCCUGGAAUAAAUGUAAAAUUUUUUGAAGAAGAUAACAAGAUGUGGAGUCAGAGGUUGGCGCUCUACAAGCAGGUCAUUCCACCUUUGUCUCAAGGGCGAUACAGGAAUGUGAUAGACAUGAAUGCCAACUUAGGUGGGUUCGCUGCGGCUAUGAUGAAUUAUCCUGUUUGGGUAAUGAAUGUGGUUCCUGCAAAUUCGGAGCAUGACACACUUGGUGUUAUCUACGAGCGUGGAUUCAUUGGCACAUACCAGGACUGGUGCGAAGCAUUCUCAACAUAUCCUAGGACUUAUGAUCUCAUUCAUGCUGAUGGGGUGUUUAGCAUUUAUCAGGACAGGUGUGACAUAACAUACAUUCUCUUGGAGAUGGAUAGGCUAUUGAGGCCCGAGGGAACAGCAAUAAUUCGUGACACAGUAGAGGUCCUCACAAAAGUUCAGGCAAUAACAGAUGGGAUGAGAUGGAAGAGUCGGAUCUUCGACCACGAAAGUGGACCCUUCAAUCCCGAGAAGAUCCUUGUGGCAUCUAAGACUUACUGGACUGGUGAGCCCUCCACAGAACAGUAGCAAGUAUUUUACUUACUAUUAUUAUAUAUCCACUGCUAAGUUGGCUUACUAGUUACUAUCCCCUUUUUCUCUCUUGCCCUUUUUCUAGCUUAUUUUAAUACUACUUUUGAAGCAUCUGAUUCUUUUGACACCCUGUAGAAAUAAAGGUUUUAUUAGAAGGCUUGUGUGAGAUAGGUUGGUGACAGAGAAAUUUGCAGAGAAAGUGUAGUGUUGCUUUCCCCACUGUCAACAAUUUAGUGGGGUUUAGUAAGGUGAUGUACAAUUGCUGUCGCAUUAAUGCAAGUUAAUUUGUACUAUUAUUUGUAUUAUUUUCACCAAUUAUGUGUAAAAUUAUCUUCUUUUUUUUUCCUGUACUUACUUGAUUGCCAACUCUUGGUGAUUUUAAUAUAGAGGCAAUCAAUAUAUGUCGAUCAAA